UUACUAAUGAAAAGUAGGAUAAGCCCAGUGGAUAAACUCCUCAUUAUAAACCAAGCCGUCACAAAUGUUCAGUCAUGAGUGCAGUUCAAAAUCUAAACUGUUUUGUUUUGCUUAAUGAAAAUCUAUUCGGCCCACAACCUUGAAUGUCAUCGAAGACUAAGAGGGAUGCACUUGUCGUUAUUUUUGAGAAAUUUAUCAAAGAAUUCACAAGUGAGGCAAAAAACAACAACAACUAAUUGGGGCGUAAUUGAUAUACUGCAAAGAGUUAAAGUUUCUUCAGUGAUCUCAGGAAUAUUUGGUCCUAGAAACAACAACUCAUUGAUUGAUUAUGAAGAUGAGGAACUUGAAGAAAACGAAACUUCAAAAAAGCAUGUGUAUAUAGCUUCACAAAAAACUGUUGCAAGCAUCCAAAACAGGGCUGUAAAACUCUUAUAUCAAAUAAAAAAAACAAAGACCGAAGAAAGUCAACUACAGAAAUUGAAUCAACUUGUGCAUCAUAUGAGAGAAUAUCCUGUGACAAGAGCCUUGGUUAAACGGGAAGGAGGUAUUCAAACUUUACUUAGCCUAAGACAUCAAACUAAAGAUGAUGAGAUUCGCAUGUAUGCAAAAGCUGCAUUGACUAUUCUUGGUUAUGCUGACCCAGUUAAAGAAAAUGGUAUAAGGAUACUGUCUUUAGAUGGUGGUGGAACAAGAGGGGUGAUAACCAUCCAAAUCCUUAUGAAGCUGGAAGAAUUGACAGGGCAAAGAGUUCAUGAGAUGUUUGAUUUAAUUGUCGGCACAAGCACUGGUGCAUUACUGGCAUUUUUAUUGGGAAUUCAAAGAGCAACACUGGAGGAAGCAAUGUGUUUUUAUGAUAGACUAAGUGCAGAGGUUUUCAAGAAGCCAACAGUUUUUGAAACUGGAAAGCUGUUCUUUACCCAUGCAUUCUAUGAUACAGAAUCAUUUGUAAAAGUCUUGAGGGACAUUAUGGGCUCAGACAGAUGUAUGAUUGAUACCUCCUUUGAGGAAGGAUUACCAAAAGUUGCUGCUGUUUCGACAUUGGUGAACCACCAAGUUUUGCAACCAUACGUGUUUAGGAACUAUUACAUUCCCCCGCUUGUGCCACAUAAUUAUCUGGGAAGCAGCAGGCAUAAACUGUGGGAGGCCCUGCAAGCGUCUACUGCAGCCCCUGGAUACUUUGAAGAGUGCAAGCUGGGCUCAGAUAUUCAUCAGGAUGGUGGACUCCUAACAAAUAAUCCAUGCGCCCUUGCAGUUCACGAGUCAAAGAGACUCUGGCCUGAUACUCCGUUGCAGACCGUUGUUUCCAUUGGCAACGGCGUAUACCACGGCCGCUCAGGCCCGAAUACAGCCUCGUUUUCAAGCCUUAGAGAGAAGCUCAUGAAGUUGGUUGCAGGUGCCACCGAUGUCGAAGCCAUGCAUAUCACACUCGAAGAUCUCCUUCCAUCCACGGUGUACUUCAGAUUCAACCCCAAUCUAUCGAUCGAUGCCUUUCUAGAUGAGAGUGAUCCGAAAGCAUUAGAUCAACUAAAAGUGGAUGCGAAAAACUACAUUGACAAGUAUGAAUGGAAAUACCAAAAGGCAGCUGAUUCCCUCUUGCAAAAAAAAUCUUCUGUUCGCCACGUGAGAGAGAAACUAGCUCUAAAGUUAGCAAUGUUGUAGUGAAUGCUAAAUCAAAAUUGCUCCUCAGUGUGUUCAGCUAAAAGAUCAACAGAGUAUACUGAUUCAUUCUACCUUGAAAAGGAGGUUUGAAGCACCCUAGCAAUGUAGCAUCUUGAUACAGUAGGCGUAACCAAAUUUAUGUUAAAUUCCAAAUGAAAUCGUUUUUCAAAAUGAAGAUGCUUCAUAUAGAAAUCUCCAUAUAGAAGUCAAUUUGUUUUUGGUUAUUAUUCGAUAUUUUGAAACUGCGUUUAGUGUUUCGAAUGUUCUUUAUUGCUUCAGUUUACCCCAAUUUUGGUUGCUAUAUCAAGUCACUUUGGUUUUAUUGUUUUCACGGUAUGAAAUACUACUUUUUAUUAAAUGUAUGUUUAUAAAGUAUGAAAUACCCGUUUCACAUAUUUCAAAACAAACAUUUUUCAGUUAAUGCUUAUGUUUUAUGCUGUUAUGAACAGUUUUAUAUUUAUGACAAAGUGAAAGGAUCUUGCUGUACUGAGCAACUAAGAAAGAAAGGCAUAAUCCCGGCUGUUAUCGCAUGAUAAGUGAGGCCAGACUAUGCCUCGAAUGCAGACUGUGCAAAAAUUUUUCACUAAAUUGCUUCUAAUAAAACCUUUAUGCAUGAGAAUCAUACCCUCUUAAAGGCAAACCUUGAUUCACUCACACUUUUAUGUGCCAGUUUCUUUUUCACUGUUUCGGGACCUUUUUUAAUAGACCCUGUAUCCUCUCGAUCCAGGCCAUCUCUUAUCUCUGCAAAAUUGCCUUUCGGUUAGUUGCACUAGAUACUUGCAAGGUAUCUUCGAGAAUCCGUUUAAACGUAUGUACAAUAUUAAGAACUUUGGAUCAGUAUUGAAAAUUGUCGUGUUUAAAAUAUUGAUUGAUUGCAGAUGUGAUCAGGUUGUUUUUAUGGUCUUGAACUCUUAAGGC